GCCGCUCGGGCCGCGGCGGCGGGGACCAUGCCGAGGAAAGUCUCCUGAGCCCGGCAACUUCGGCCCCUCCCCGCCCCCACCCGGGCUGCCCUCGGCGCGGCCCUGCCCAUGUGCAGCCGGCCGGCCGGGCUCUCCUCCUCGCAGGCGGAUGGGUGACCUUUUCCUGGCACGGGCAGGCUGUGCGAGGCGGCGGAGCAGGCGAUGAAGAAGAAGCAGCAGCAUCCCGGCGGCGGCGCGGAUCCCUGGCCCCAUGGGACCCCUCUGGGGGGCGCCCCUCCGGGCCUGGGCAGCUGGAAGCGCCGGGUCCCCCUGCUGCCUUUCCUGCGCUUCUCGCUCCGGGACUACGGCUUCUGCAUGGCCACCCUGCUGGUCUUCUGCCUGGGCUCCCUCUUCUAUCAGCUCAGCGGGGGACCCCCUCGCUUCCUGCUCGACCUGCGGCAGUAUUUGGGAAAUUCCACUUACUUGGAUGAUCAUGGGCCACCUCCUAGUAAGGUGCUACCUUUCCCGAGCCAGGUCGUGUACAACAGGGUAGGCAAGUGUGGGAGUCGUACUGUGGUCUUGCUUCUGAGAAUCUUGUCAGAGAAGCACGGAUUCAAUUUGGUCACGUCAGACAUUCACAACAAAACCAGGCUUACUAAAAAUGAACAAAUGGAACUGAUUAAAAAUAUAAGUACUGCCGAACAGCCCUAUUUAUUCACUCGACAUGUUCAUUUCCUCAACUUCUCAAGGUUUGGAGGAGACCAGCCCGUCUACAUCAACAUCAUUAGAGACCCCGUCAACCGGUUUUUAUCUAACUAUUUUUUCCGUCGAUUUGGAGACUGGAGAGGGGAACAGAACCACAUGAUCCGCACCCCCAGCAUGAGGCAGGAGGAACGCUACCUGGAUAUCAAUGAGUGUAUUCUUGAGAACUAUCCUGAGUGUUCCAACCCCAGAUUAUUUUACAUCAUUCCAUAUUUUUGUGGACAGCAUCCCAGAUGCAGGGAGCCUGGUGAGUGGGCCCUUGAAAGAGCAAAACUGAACGUGAAUGAAAACUUCCUGCUUGUGGGGAUUCUUGAAGAGUUGGAAGAUGUGCUGCUUUUACUGGAAAGAUUUUUACCUCAUUACUUCAAGGGUGUGCUCAGUAUCUACAAAGACCCAGAGCAUAGGAAACUUGGAAAUAUGACUGUGACCGUGAAGAAGACUGUCCCCUCCCCCGAGGCCGUGCAGAUUCUCUACCAGCGAAUGAGAUAUGAGUAUGAGUUCUACCACUACGUCAAAGAGCAGUUCCACCUGCUGAAACGCAAGUUUGGACUGAAGUCCCACGUCAGCAGGCCCCCUCUGAGACCCCAGUUCUUUAUUCCAACUCCACUGGAAACCGAGGAGCCGAUCGAUGAUGAGGAACAAGAUGACGAGAAGUGGCUAGAAGAUAUUUAUAAGAGGUGAUGCCAGCACUGUGUUGCCUCCACUGGCUUUAUCUCCCUUUUCCGGAAAGUUUUUUGUUGGGGGAAGAAAAAUCCUUAAGGGACUAAAUUAAUGCUCAGUUGCAUUAAAAAGAACGAAACAUUCCCACAUGUUGGGGUCAUUGGGAGAUGCCCGGUUUUGCGGGUCUUUCUUAACUGUAUUCUGGGUCUUCCUGGUUCCCCGGAUCCUUCCCAGGUACACUAGAUGGCGCCAUCACAGGGCAGUUCAUCAUAACAUAGCUUUUUCCCUCUAGUAUAAUGAGAGGAGGGGGAGAAAUACAGCCCAUAGCCCAAUAAUUUAUCAUUUGUAAAAUGACUUGUAAAGAUAUUACCUCAGUGGUAGGAAACACCCAGACUUACAUAAUUCGGUAGAAAUACAAAACCACUUCAGACACCAGGGAAUCUACUCUAGAAGUGUCUAAGAGGGGAAGGUAAGACUGAUAAGGACCUCAGAGGGAGGAUGCCCCUGGAUGAGUGGUUUCCACCCACGUGGGUAGAAUUCUGCCUCUGGUCCAUCUCAGGGGACACUUUUGCCAACAGCAGCAUACUUCUCUCUGAAAUGGCAAGUCAGCUUGUGCCACACCCCCAACCAGUUCAGAGCCUUGAGUACUUUCCAAGGUCAAGGUGCAGGGCAAGCUCCAUUGAGACCCUCUGUUUCCAAGCACCAUUCUGACGGAUCUAAAAGUAGCAUAGCAGGGAAAAGAAUUUGUUUGCCGUGUAAGGAAAAGUGUAGGCACGAGCAUCUCUGGAGGUCAUGUGACAUCAGAAAAUUGGUUCGGUUGUGUUCUUUGUACCCACAUGGCAUCUCUCUCCCCAGCAUCGUUUUCACUGGAGACCCGGGAACCGGUUUAGCUCUGGCAUUUGACUCCUGUGGCAGAAGUUCUAAGCCUGCCCACAGACAAUGCAUAGUCUAACCCCUGGCCAAGCUGGGUCCCACCAUAAUGGCAUCUUUCACCUUCUGGUCCCUUGAAGGGUACCUGGUUUUGGUCCAAAGGGGUACUGAGUUCUACUCAGGCAGCGGUGAAACUCCAACCCCCUUGGUUAUGGAAGCAGCUCUUUCCUGAGAACCCCUAUUAAGACAUUAAGAAGCAAGAGCUUCUGGUAAGAGACUGCCUGACCAGCUUUAUGAGCAGGCGUCUGCCCCCAGAGUGGUGCAUAGCUGUGGGGCAGUUCCAUUGCUUGAAAUGUCUCUUCUCCCCAUUCCUCUCCUGUCAUCUGCCCCCGACUCAUGACCCUGUGGGUCUUUGGAUACUGAAAUGUUUUCAUCUUUAACUGCUCCCCCCCCCCCCCGCUCUGGAUACGCAUAUAUUUCUGGGUGGAUAACAUACAGCCAGCUGAGAAGCAGGGGUGCGGGGGGUGGUGGCAGACGGGAUACAUGUGACAGAUUUUGUCUCCUUCAUGUUUUCUCCCCUAGAGCCAGCCCUUCAAGAGCACUAGCAGAGUGUGAGUUGGGAGUACUUAAUAGUAAAUAAGACUGACUUUACACAAGCUACACAUUUUCUACUUUUCAGAAACCAACAAGUCUCUCUAGAAUUUUUUCUUCGUUCACUAAAAUUGGACAGUAGCCAAGAUAUAAAGCAAGUCAUUUGGAACCUGUCGAGUGUGCACUAAAGCUACUUUAUCAUGAGAUGUAUUAAGAAGGCUCCACCCCACAGGAGUCCAGUGAAGGCUGGGACCACAGAGGCACAAAGUCCAGCAUUUGGCCACUGGUGGGCCUCCUUUCUGCCUCAGAGAACUGGGGCAGAGACGUGAUUAAGAAAAAUGUUCUUAGAAGAGGAAAUAUCCUUUGUCCUGUGUAGAGAGACCAGGGCCCUACCAUUAGGCAUACCUUAAAAAGCAACCCAGAGAACAGCUGUCCUAUUAAAACCAAAAGAUAAGAACAGCGCCUGGUACGUUGUGAGUCAUUUCUAUGAAACUGCAUAUAAAGAAUGAUAAUUAGUUUACACACUGUGCAGGCUCACUCUCUGAAAAUAAAAUGGAACUGGCUUAGUGAUCUCUGCUUUCGUCAGAACAUCGGGACCCAUUGGUCAUUUGCAAAAUGCAUCGUCCUAGUGCAAGUUCACACGAGCACUUCCAGCUGUGUGUUCAAAGGCCUUUACUGUCAGCAGUGAUCAUUAGACCAUGCCAACAAGAGAUGCUGACCUAUUCACUUGCAGGGCCUUAAUGCUGUUUUGCCCCAACAAAGAGUCUCUACGUCCUAAAAGUCAAGGCACUUCAUCAAUUUAUUGGCACACAUGACAGGAUUUCUUUGGCCCUGAGCCCAACGCAGUUUGUACUUCAUGAAAUAUAUUGUACAUUUUACAUAGUUUAAUUUAAAAAAAAAAUACAUUUUAAGCUGGUUGAUCUUUGACUGCCUUAUUUAUUAUAACCUUUCAGCACAUUCCAAGGUUUUAGUUACUCAGGAAGGAGUUAAUUAAAAUGAUUUUAUUUUGGUCUGAUGGAUGUUUUUUAAAAGGAAAAUUAUUAUUAUGAACCUUCAGCCUACUCUUCUGGAGUGCCGUAAAAGUGCUUGUAAAUCCUUUUUUUUUUUUUUUUUAAGAAGAAGAAGGAAGAAAAAAAUGGUGUUUGACAUUGAUGGAAAUUCAAAAAUAUAUAUGGAACUGAAACAUUAGCUUAGCUAAAAUAAAAGCAAUCUGUGUUUGAGAUGAAGUGUUCCUUAACUUAUUCAUCAUCCAUAUAAAUAAAUGAAUAUAAAUAAGUUGCAAUUUUUUCCCCAUUCUGUUCCUAGCUGGAAAUAAAAGUGCCUGCAGUUUU